AUGGCCUUUAAAUCAGUUUGUUGUGACUGAUGGAUUUGGAAGCGGAAGGACUGUUUUGUUUGCUCUUACUAGGAGGGAACGAUUUGCAGAUAUCAAGGAGAUAUUGCAGACGUUUAAGAGAUUUAUGAGUGAUAUGUCGAAAACAGUAACAUUCACUGUCGACUGUGCAACUGCACAGAUGAACGCUCUAAAGGAGGAACUCCCUAGGUGCAGUAUUGUUUUAUAUCCUUUCCACGUAUGCCAGAAAGAAG